AUGGCUGCCAAGUUUUACAUUUGCAUGCUGCUGGUAGUUUUGGUUAGCUCAGCUGUGCACAGUGCACGGCUGCGUCGCCCACAGGAAAAAGAGAAGGCCUACAACUUUCUCUAUAAGAGAGUUUUUGAUGAAACAACUGUUGAACCCACUACUGUCCUAUUAAGUGAGUCUUUUUUGUAGAAGUAGAACAUAAUACGUUUUUUUUGCAUCAAAUGGAAACUCGGAAAAAAUUCUGGUUCCCAGAUGGGGCUCAGAGAAAAGAGAAAUUGUGAGUCCCAAGACGGUAACUUCGAAGCUUUUAAGGCUUAAAAAUUAUUUGUUAUAGGCAACGAAUUAGUGAUAUUAGACUACUUGUAGACGUGCAUGAACGAAAUUUUUUGCUUCGUCUUGCAAAUGCCAGGGGUUUGUACUUGGGAUAGGAAUCCAACGCCGCAGACUGAGAGUAGCCGCUACUCGUUCGUUUUACUGAGAUUGAAAAAUUUUAUAUUAAAAUGAGUUUUUAUCCCACCUGUUCACAGUUUCACCACCGAUGUGCUGUGUUGGUGGAUGUGACAAUUGUCCAGGGACGGAUUUGUCCUGUCCCGAUCACAUUUGCCUGGAACACUUAGGCCAUCUGUGCCAGUCGGGAUCUGUGUGUUGCUGCUGAGGUACAGUAAAGUGUAUGUUCUAAAUAUGUUACAAUAUGAUUCUGAUUCUAUCGCUUUUUUUUUUUUCAUAGUCUUAACACCUUGUAAGUGGAUCGUUUUCACUGUUACGCAAUAAAUCCGACAUGAAAAAAUAAAUUCCAAACUUUUGAAACAAGUAAAAGCCAAGUAAAUGAAAUGCUAUAAACCACUGAUGUAUAAACAACUUUUUCAAGUCCCAGGUCUAUGUUGCCUAAAGGUUUCACGCCAUGAGAAAGUAAACGUCUUCAAUCCCAAGUGAAAAGCCUAAUACAAACAUAAAAUAACACAAUUUAAUGCAGAAGGUGUGUUGCGUAUUUUUAGUCAAGGCCAUGAAAAUGUUCUCAGUUCUGCGUCUGUAUUGCUCAGCUGAAGAACUACUCCAGAAAAAGAUGCGAGUCAGGGAUAUGAAAGACAUUCAAAAGCCUGUUUGUUUUGAGAUGGAGUUCUUCAGUGACUAUAGUUUUGACUUCGCCUCAGCGUAA